GCCGUUUUUGUUUGCCGAUUUGUGCUAACUAGCCACAACUCGCGCCGGCUUCGCACCUUCUCAACUACCCUCCAAAAGAAAAUCCACUACCGCCCACUUUAUUGUCAAACCAUAAUAUCGCAAGGAAAAAUCCCCCCUCCCCAUAUUGAAGAGGUAGGUUUUCGAAAAUUUGUGUUGCUGAUUUCAGGUCACAAAUCACGUUUGUGUUGCAAGAAGACAAGGGCAGCAGCUUCCGUCCCAGUAUGGAGGCGGUUUGUCAUGCUGUUGAGCCAAAAUCACGGACGCUUUUCAUGCUAAGCGCCUAAGUCAAAGCCUCUCUACUCAGGCUUGAUAUGGGUCUGCAGUCCUCUCCAGCAAGACAAAUGUGAUUUGUGUACUCAAAUACAGCAACACAAGUUUCGCUUUCGAUAUGGGGAGGGGGGAUGUUUCCUCACAAUACAUAACCACUCGAACUCAUUCGUAUAUAAACCACUACAUUUGUGCCCCAACAACUGGACUUUACUUAUAACUUAAAACUGCUG